AUGGGACUCCCCUUGUUUAUUGCCCCCGUCGAGUCAGAUCUCCCAUCCAAAGCUGCCGACAAGACAAGUGCGACAGCGCCGUCUCGCUCCAGCAUCCGUCGCACACGUACUACUGGUCGCGUCAACGAUCGCGCCGAACGUCGCAGGAUCCUUCGCCACUAUGAAUCACUCGGACAGGCUGGAGCUUUCAAUCCCGCAGAUUUUCAACCUGUACGGGUCGAAGCCGGUUUCCCCCCUGACAACGACCUGACAACUAGACCGUUGCGCGAUGUCCUGAGAGACAUGAACGCAUCCGACGAACACAGAAGGGACCGAGUUGAAGAGCAUCUGCACUCAUUGUUCAGGGAUGGCAGUAGUGCAUCCGUAAACCAUACAUCACGGGCAUCUGUUCCCGAGUGGACCCUGAGAGAUGAUGAAAUCCCUCGAGCGGCCCCCCCAUUCAUACUACAUCACCCGUUCCAUGGUCCUCCUCCCACCAUCGAGGAUCUCCGUGCAAUGGGCCGCGCAAACCUUGCCAGACAAAACCAAGUCGGACUCCCACCAUCGGCCACUCGACGCAAUCGACACCUUGAUGGACUUGGUGACCGUGAAAGGAGCCUCAGCCCUGAGGUUUGGGAUACCCUUUUAUCUACUCUUACCCCUGACCCUCAACCGCCGAGCGCAGGAUCGUCUUUUGCUUCAAACAUGGCUUCCCAGAGUGCGGGCGCUACCUCGGGUACCUCUUUCACUGCGCCCGACUUAUCCCAGGACACAGCAAUAGAUCAAGCUUGCGAGUCUGGCUGCGAGGGGUCCGAAACAGAAGAACCUAAUCCUGCGCAAGCCAUACUAAGCCGAAUUCGACGACGCCGUGAGGAGAUGCGACGUGUUCGCGUACGAAUGCCCGGUGUAGAGCCUGAUGGCCUUUACAACAGGCCGGCCAGUCGGGACAGCGGUGCAGUCAGCUCUGAUUCACGGCAUCAACGAUCCCCGGAUGGUCCAGUGGUUGAUCAUCUGAGGCGCGCUAGAUUAAUGCGAGAUCGUCAAAGCCGUAAUAGCUAUAACCGAGCACGUCAAGCUUGGGUGGGACGCUUGUCCGUCGGUAAUUCAGAUGACGAGCAAGGCACGGAACGAACGAGACGCAGCCAAGAGAGCCCUGCAGCAUCUGGAAGCAACACGCAUACCGGAGAAGAAGAUUGGAUGGGUAUGCAACGCAUUGUAAACAGCAUGGCGCGGCGCGAAAUCAUCCCCGAUGAAUAUUGGAUUGCGGCUGGCCUCAUUCCAACGCUGCCCGGUGAUGGGACGGAAUAG